CAAGCGCAGAGUAAAUGAUACGCACUCGUAGCGGAUGCCUAUGCAGCGGUUGUUUCAUGCCACAGAUAAAUUGUUAAAAGUCUCAUCCUCCAAACAGGAUGUUACACAAAAACUAUUCUGUGCUCAUCAUCAUGAGCAAGGAACUAGAGGAUAUGUCUAUAAACCUAACAAGUAACCAAUCUCUAUCAUCAUCCUGUACUAAUAUCACUAUUCCGGAUUAUCAGCUUGAUCUGCUCCCGGUUUUCUACUCCUUCAUUUUUAUCUUCGGCUUCAUUGGAAACAGUUUGGUUAUUUCAGUCUUUUGCCUUCAAGGAGACGCAAAAACAGUGGCGAGUGUUUACAUCUUGAACCUGGCUAUAGCUGACCUGCUAUUUCUGGUGACACUACCUUUCUGGGCCACAUAUUAUUCCUUUGGUUUGAACUGGAUGUUUGGGACCGUGAUGUGCAAAAUUUCAAGCUCUAUUUUAACUUUGAAUAUAUUUGCCAGCAUCUUCUUCAUCAGCUGUAUGAGUGUUGACCGGUAUUUGUCCAUCGUCUAUCCUUUUCGGUCACAAAGAAGGACACACACUCAAGCAUUUUUUGUGGCGUUAAUCAUUUGGGUCUUGGCCGUCAUGUCAACCUUACCAACAUUGUACUUCCGGAACACCUACUACAUAAAGAACCUUGAUGUUCAUGCCUGUAUAAUGGACUUUCCCAAAGAGGAAUAUUCAACCUGGUGUGUGGCUAUGGCCGUGCUGAAGAUCACUCUAGGCUUCUGUUUUCCCAUGACAGUUAUUCUGACCUGCCACUUCAAAAUUGGAUUACAUCUGAAAAAGACUGAAGGAUCUAUACUGAACAAGAAGACCAGAGAUCGGGUACUGAAGAUUGUCACGGCCAUGGUUGUAUGCUUUUUAAUUUGUUGGCUGCCGUUCCAUGUUCUGACCUUUUUGGAUGUCCUUAUGAGAAUGAAAAUUAUUAAUGACUGUAAGAUUGAGUCAUUUGUUGAGGCUGCUUUGCCUUUCAGCAUUUGCCUAGGAUUUUCUAAUAGUUGCAUCAACCCGUUAUUGUAUUGUUUUGUCGGAAAUCAGUUUAGAGAGAAUUUUAGGCAUGUGUUCAGUAGCUUAAGGUUAUUACAGACUACAAACAGCCAUCAUAACUCCUCCAAAAGAGGGAGUGAUUCUAAAGAGCUGGAGCCAAAUGGGACUUAUGAGAACCCAAUAGUAUGACUACAUGACUUGUCAAUGGUAUAGGAAGAGCUUUAUACUGUGUGUACUAUGUGACAUUAUAAGUGGGUUUUUUAGCUAGCCAUGUUGGCAUUUUUCUUGAAUAGGUCUUUAGUUGGAAGUUUACAUGACCAUAGUUAGAAGUACAGUACAUUUUACUGACAUAUUUGUAUGUGUCUUGUUUUGCUGCCCAGUCCAAUUGAGAUAAAAGAGAAAUCCGGCAAAAAUAAAUGUAUCCCUGUGGAUAGGGGAUAAGUGGCUGAUCAGUGAGGAGCACGUGCUCUAUUCAUUUCAAUGGGAGUGGCAAAAAGACCCAAGUACAGCACUCGGGCAUCAUCGGCACUCUCGUAGAAAUAAAUGGAGGGCGUGCCAUCUACCAGUAGACGACAUGUGUCUUUAAGACUGCCUCCAAAACUCACGUUUAUCCAAUUCUCAUAUCAAUAUUAAAGACAUAUAUAAUAACUAGGUGCUUUAUAUAAACUUCAGUCAAUUCAGUGAUUAAUUUAUUUUAGAAUUGAAAAUAAUCUGAUUCUUCACUGGCCAUUGUCCUUUUAAACAACUUCCCACAAGGUGAUAGCUUGUGUGAUUUCUAAAAAUAACUCUUUAUCCCAGAAAACAGAGACACCAGGAGGAGAGUUGUGACCUAGCUUGUGUUGUGUUCAGUAGAGAGAGAAGGAGAAAGGAGAGAGAGAAGGAGAAUGGAGAAAGGAGAGAGAGAGAGAGAGAGAGAGAGACACACACACAACCAAGGAAAAGGAAGUAUGUAUGCUGCUGGUAAACAUCUCAGCUCUUGUCCUACCUCCUAAAUGUCCCAUAGCACUGUCAGCAGCACUGUUAUGGCAUAGUGGUAAGGUGUAGGUGCUCUACUGUGAUUUGCCAGACAACCAAGAGAAAGAAAGUAUGUAUUCUGCCAGCAAACAGCCCAGCUCUUGUCCCCCCCCCCCCCACACAAAAAAAAGGGAGAGGGAAGUGCACCAUGGAGGGGGCUCUUAGGGGCCUAAUAACAGCAGUGAGAGCACUAAGGCGAUAUUGUCAGCACUUCAAUGGUUAAUCUAAGAAAAACAUGCAGGUUUUAUAAAAUCUUUUAAAAUUAUAGGUACACAUAAAGGAGAAUUUAUUGAGGCACAAAAGAUUUUGAUUCUUAGACUCUGUUCACAUGAUUUUGGUUUCUGUCACAAUGGAUCAAACAUAUUUCAAUAAACUAAAUCAAGUGGUUUAUUUUACUGAAAUAGUCAUGCAUUCUGUGAAUGUUGUGUUUCAUAUAAUAAAGAUA